UCUGGGGGUGCGGGCUCCAUGUUGGGGCAGGGGGUUGGGGUGCGGGCUCCAGCUGGGUGUGGAGCCAGGGAUGAGGGGUUUGGUACAUGAGGGGGCACGGUGAAGAAACAAGACCAAACUUUUAAAGAAUCCUUUGAAGUUUUAAAGAACAUAUGAGGUGAUGGACAAUAGGAGAGACAAACUAUGUUGUUUCCCUUUAAGUCACAAAGGAAGGUAAGGCAUUUGGAAUGGUUCCCACCCAUUGCGUGUGUGCAUAUGCAUGCAAAUAUAUAAUUCAGAAAGGUGUGUAUGCCUGAGAUAAGUCCUUAACAUCACAACUUGAUGUUAGGGAGGCUUUGUUUCGACCUGAGUAGAAGUCAGAAGUGUAAUCAACUUUUUUUUUUUUUAGAUCUUGUGAACUUUCUUACUUUGUCAUUUUACAUUUUCAAAAAUAACGUUUCCCUAAUUAUUUUCAUGCUUUCUUAAUUUUUUGAAAUAUUUAGGCAUGAAGUUAAAUAUAAAUUGAUAGUGCACUUUCUCAGUGCACAGGACACAGAAGUGGGCAUUGUUUAUUUCAAUAACCAGCUUUGUAGUUACAUUUUUUCUGAACUUUGGCAUACUAGUGGUAUGUUAUCUGCAAAUGGCUUUUUUUCAGAGGGAGCUAAUAUCACAGAAAUGAAUGGUGGAAAUUACAGCAUGUAGCUAAUUAUGAGGUUAAUCUUCAUGACUAUGUGAGUUAUGGAUCACUGUAUCAGGAACAUUAGCACAUUAACCACUGUGUCAUCCAUAAUAGGUAAAUCGGUGGUCUCACAUUUAACAAGUCUCUUAAUGGUGCAGGAAGAAGUAGACAAGGAAAUUGGGAAUUUCUCGUGUAUUUGCAUUUUUUGCAGUUUCUUAAAUUGAAAAAAGGAAUACAAAUGAAUCUUACUCUUAAUGUGAGAUAACUUUUGCAGAUUGCAUGCAUGAGCUUUAUUUAUAUGUUACAAAUAAAAAAGUUUCCCUUGGAAAUGCUGAAGUUUACAAACUGGUAGCUUUCAUUCCCAAACAGUGAAAUUACCUUAGAGAGCCCCUUACAUAUAUAGUGUUUUGUAGGCAAUAUAGAGGAAAUUAUUGAACUGAAAUGUCUCUGCAGAAGGUAUUGUACUUUGAAAUAAUAAAAAAGUAACAGAACUCCUGUUCUCUACACAGUUAAUUGCUCACUUCUGAGUUUUGACUGUUUACCCUGCCUACCCAUACAGCUUUUUGUCAAUGGGUGUGGUGAAUGGUCGAUAAGUACCUGUUUAUAGUUCACAGAAAUAGCCCUGGAGAGUUAAACCAGUAGUAAUAUGAAACCAGUCUUCUUGGUGUGGGUGUGUGUGUGUGAGGUUUUUUUUUUUUAACUGGCCCUGGAGCCUGAAAUCUGCAUUCCAGAUGAAACCUGCAGCAAAGCGGAAGAAGAGAGCUUGAUAUUUUUUAUUCAGUUUCAAGGGUACUACGUUUAGAUACUGUAGCCGGUUGAGAAUUCAGAACAGUCCAGAAGAUCAACGAAGGUUGUUUUUGUUUGUUUGGUAGAGAUUUUUGAAGUAUUGCUUUGUCUGGAUUUGUAAUUUUACAGAGGUUUUUUUUUUGCGUUGUUCGAUUUGCUAAAGGCGGUCUUAGACAAAGUGGAAAAGGUUACAUGAAAGAAGCUUUCAGGAGUUUUCGGCAGACAGACGUUCACAACCCAUAAGGAAGUAAGAAACUAAUGCGAUUCGUUCUGUUCAACAGGCUUUUUCAUUUAUACAGUUGCUCUUCACUUUUAACUAGCAGGAUUGUGUAGCCAGUAGGAUUGCAGGAAUUGGGGCAGUGAUCAUUGGUCCGCUCUUCAACUGAGAGUACAGUGCUGGCAGAUUUUCGCUGACAAAAAGCCUUUUGUGUAAAGGAACAAGUAACGAAGCUGCCAAGAACUUUGAAUACUGUAUGUCAAGAUGCAGAGCGUUCUUGUUUCUCUUGGACUGGAGUUGUAAAAUUUGACAGACGCUUUCAGUCCAUACUAUAGCACUAGAAACAGGAAAGGAGGGAUAGUGUGACCUUGGGGGGACCGGCUUUCCUGAUGAUAAAAAAAGAAGAGCUCCCAUUGCAUUUCCUGUUGUAAGUUAAUAGACUGAAUGGGUGUAAUAAGCAAUUGUGUAGAAGGUAACUAAUAGUAAUAACAAAAGUAAAACCUAUAUUGUGGUUUGCCCAACAUGGAAGCAAAUAACACUUCACCUGGCAGCAGUGAGCUUUUACAUCUAGGGCAUGCAACAGAGACUGAACACAGCCAGCCUUUCUUCACUACAUUUUCUAUGAAAGCACUUUUUGGAUUUACUACUAAAUUGGAACCAGGAACUCUGAAAAAACAAGCAGUACUUAAGGCAUUUCAAACUUUUGAUGCUGAUACAAAUACCCAAGCUGCCUACCAUGACAAGGGUGGUGGUGGUCAUGAUGAUCCAGAAGUACAUCAUGUGCUUCCCAAAAUACAGGAGGCUGACCCAGAGGCCGGCAGCCAGGCUGACCUGAAUAUGGAGCUAGCUGAACAGAAUGAACUACCUCUUCCUCAUUUAGAGUCCGUUCAGCCUCCUUUGGCUGAAUGUGACAGAGAUGACAAGGAUGCCAUUUUUGUACAAAGUACUUUGGCUUAUACAACAAGUGAUACAGUAUCGGACAAUGAGAGUACAGACCUAGACAGUGAUGGAGACAAAACAAACAAAUCUUUGUUAACUAUUGUGGCUUUGUCUGAUGAGUCUUUAGAGAAUAAUAACCAGGAUAAGGAAGAAUUGGAAUCGGAAGGGUCCAGUGAAAGUAAUGCCACUGUGGAAAGAGAUAAAGCUGAGUCAACCUCAGUAAUUUCUCAGCAGCUUCCAACAGAGCUGAAUGGUGAUCUGGAAUAUAGCUCAGCUAGAGAAGACAAAAUGUUAACAGACGAGCACUGCAUUGGCCUACCUUCUCUAGAGGAGAAUCCUCAAGAGCCUAUGAGUGGAGAAGAACAAGGAUCUUCAGCAAACGGCUCUAAUAACACAUCCUCCCCAAAAUCAGCUGUAGGUGAAAAGACCUUUCAGCUACCUGCUUUCUUUAGUGGAUUGCGUGUGCGAAAAAAAGGUCUAGCUGCAGAGGAUGGAGAGACUAUCACAGAAAUUAAACCGAAGGACAGUGAAUUGGCUCUGCUUAAAUUAAAACAGCCUGUUAAGAAAUCUAAUAUUACAUCAGACGUGCUCACUAAAAAGAAACCAGCUGAGCCUAAAACAAGUCCUACUUUCCUGGAACAGGUGUCUCAGCUGUUAAACAUUGAGGUCCCUAAAAAUGAAGAUAAAGCCAAAGAUUCAGGUGAGGAUACUAGUGACACUGAGACCAGUGAUGAAGGCCAGGAGAGCAAAGCCACCAAUAGAACAGAGCCCCUGUCCUCUGCUGAAGAAACAAAACCAAGCCCAGCUGAAUCAGCAUUAGAUGCGUUUAAAGCUUUUUUUACGCGGCCUCCAAAAAAGGAGAUGACUGUUGAUACUUCAGAGCUGGAAGCCAUAAAACGCAAAAUGAGAAAUGAAAAGGAGUUGCUGAAAGCAGUAUUUGAGAGAUCAAAAUCAAAGUCUGGGAAUGGAGCAGCUGACCUGAAAUCUCCUGACCUAAAUCCCUCAGAGCAAGAUGACAAAACUCCAGGGAAACUCCAGGCUGUCUGGCCUCCACCUGAAAUCAAUGAGGGAAAAGAAAAAGUGGGGUUGAAGUACACUGAAGCAGAGUACCAUGCUGCAAUUUUGCAAUUAAAGAGGGAAAACAAGGAAGAAGUUGAAAACUUGAAGUCUCAGUUUGAACUCCAGAUCUUUCAGAUUCGUGGAGAGCAUGCUGUAUCAAACACAAAGCUUGAGGAAACCAUUGCAAAUCUCAAGAAUGAACUGGAAAACAAAUUAAAUAGAAGAAAUGAGAAAACAAAGGACAUCUGUGUAUCCACUGAAGAUGAUAAUCCACCAAAGACGUACAGAAAUGUAUAUAUACAAACUGACAGAGAAACCUUCAUAAAGCCUAGUAAAGAGGAAAAUAUACCUGUGAAGAAUAACCAAAUGGUACCUAAAAAGCUUAAUAUUUCUUCUUUAAAUCACAGUAUUUCUGCCCCAAAUGAGAAUAAGGAAUCAUGUCACUGUAUACAGACUUCAGAAAGUCUCUUAUCUUGUGAACAGAAACCAGUGUUAGUAUCUCUAACACCACCCCCACCACCUCCUCUUCCUGAACCUUCACUACCAGCUUUAGUUCCUCCACCACCUCCCUUGUUAACAGGUUUGGCAUCCACUCCAUUGACAUCCCAGUUUGGAUCUGGGCCACAGUCAUUUCCUUCAGGUUGUAGAAAUCUUCCACCGCCGCUGCCGCCGCCGCCACCACCACCACUCCCAGGUUUUGGGCCUCCUGGUCCACCUACCCUGCCUGGCUGUGGGCCACCUCUACCAGGAAAUGGGCCUCCUCUUCCACCGCCACCUCCUGGGAUCUUUUUCAAUAGCACUCUGUCUUCAAACCAAGGUCCUCGAAAACCUGCCAUUGAACCUAACUGUCCCAUGAAGCCUUUGUACUGGACUAGGAUACAAAUCAAAGACAGCAGCAAAACAUCUAUACCAACUUUAUGGGAUUCAUUAGAAGAACCUGACAUAGUUGAUACUAGUGAAUUUGAAUAUUUAUUUUCCAAAGAUGCAGUUCAGGAAAAAAGAAAACGCUUAUCUGAGUCUUAUGAAAAGAAAACAAAGGCCAAAAAGAUUAUCAAACUGCUGGAUGGAAAGCGAUCUCAAACUGUAGGAAUUUUGAUAUCCAGUUUGCACCUGGAAAUGAGGGAUAUUCAACAAGCUACACUAAAUGUGGAUGACUCCAUAGUCGACCUGGAAACACUGGAAGCACUGUAUGAGAAUAGAGCGCAAAAGGAUGAACUGGAGAAAAUAAAGCAGUAUUAUGAAACUUCAAAAGAAGAGGAACUGAAGCUCUUGGACAAACCAGAACAAUUUUUGUACGAGUUAUCCCAGAUCCCCAAUUUUGCAGAACGUGCCCAAUGUAUAAUCUUCCAAUCUGUUUUCUCUGAGGGGAUAACCUCAGUGCAUCGUAAAGUGGAUGUUAUUACUCGUGCUUCUAAGGAUUUGCUGGACAUGAAAAGUGUGAAGGAAAUUUUAGGCUUGAUUUUGGCUUUUGGAAAUUAUAUGAAUGGAGGAAACAGGACACGAGGUCAAGCAGAUGGAUUUGGUUUGGAAAUUCUUCCGAAACUAAAGGAUGUCAAGAGCAGAGAUAACGGUAUUAAUCUUGUGGAUUAUGUUGUCAUAUAUUACCUACGACACUUGGACAAGGACGCAGGAACAGAAAAGAGUAUUUUUCCUCUGCCAGAACCACAAGAUUUCUUCCAGGCCUCCCAAGUUAAGUUUGAAGACCUAGUAAAAGACUUAAGAAAACUGAAGAGAGAUCUAGAAGCCUGUGAAAAGCAGAUGAGAGUCGUUUGCAAAGAAUCUUCAGAACAGCAUCUCCAUCCCUUCAAGGAUAAAUUGGAAGAGUUUAUUCAGACAGCUAAAGAAGAACAUAAGACAGAAGAAAGCUGUUUGGAAAAUGCACAAAAAAGCUUUGAAGAAACAGUGGGAUACUUUGGGAUAAAGCCAAAGUCUGGUGAGAAGCACAUCACACCAAACUACGUUUUCACUGUGUGGUACGAGUUCUGCAGUGACUUCAAGACCAUUUGGAAACGAGAGAAUAAAAACAUUUCCAAAGAAAGACUGAAAGAGGCUCAGCAAUUCGUAAGCAAGUUAACUGAAGAGAAAAAGGUUGAAACAAAGAAAAUCAAUCCCAUGGCUAGUCUGAAAGAAAAACUACGUCAGAAGGAAGCCAGUGUGACCACUAACUGAAAGAAGAUACAUGAAAAUAAUGACAGUGUGACUUAAUACCUUGCAUGAUGCUUUACUAUGCCCAUUCCCCAGGGAGCACCUUACGUUAAUGUUAUGGAGUUCUGCUUUUCUCAUCUCUUUCUGAGACAAUCCACUAAAGACUUUCCAAUCCCUUAUAAAGAGUUAGCUCAUUCAGUAGAGGAAGCAUUAAGAAGCUGUUUACAGGGGAAUUAUGAAGGGUUUUAUAUAACUCUUCCUUACCUGGCUUAAAAUGCAAUUCUUUUCUAAAUGGUUAUUUGAAGCACUCUAUGCAUAGUGCACUAAUGCGGAAAAGAUAAAAUCAGGAUUUUGGAUGUUAAAUUAAGUAACAGUUAACAACCUGUAUAUUGCUUACUUUAGGUUCAUAUAGAUUACCACAGAGGUACAGUUCAACUCAUGAGAGGCUAUUCUAUCAUAAGAGUUUAGACCUCACUAUUAACUGAGGGAAACAUUGAUUCUAAAUCAUGUUUGAUAGUCUAAAUAAGUAUUAAAUUCAUUUUGUUAAAACUAAUGCAAGUUUAUUAUAAUUAAUGUAUUCUGUAUUUUAUUACAAUUAUUUUUAUAGAAAACUCAGUCUAUGCCAUAUGCAUUGAAAUAGGAAUAAUAUUUUGCACAUGUGGAGAGAGAAAUAGCUUCAGAUUCUGUUGUCUUAUAAUAUAUAGAUGAUAUCACUGGCAAAUUAUUUUUAUGGUUUUGACUUGAUGUUUCUUACAUGUUCUUCGUGUUGCCUGAUUCAAAAAGACAAAGGACAGAAGCAUUUUUAUUUCAAAUUAUCGAUGCCAUAAGAUAAUUUAUUUGUCAUCAUUCAUCUAACUAUAGUGCAUAACACAUCUCCAUAAAGUCAUAUAUUUACUGCUAAAUUUCUGGCUUUCAAUUCUAUUGAAGCUCAUAUUCUUUAAAAAUAAGCACCUCACUAUAAAACAUAUUACACAACCUUCUCUUGUCUCCCCAUAUAUUUAUAUCUGUAUGUAUAACACAAACAUAUACUCUACUAUGUUAGCAUUUGAGGAGGAAGUAAGAGAAUCUUGCUAUCAUCUUGUCAUAAUAUAACCACUCUUUGUGAAGUAUCAUUUAGGGCCUGAACCCAUGAACUGCUGAGGGCCCUGAGCUCCACUGGUAUUUUCAGGCACUCAUUACAUCACAGGAUCAGGUUCUUAGAAAGAGAGAUCCUUGCAGCAGACAAAGUUUCAAAGUAGAAUAAAAAUAGUGAAUAUUAAAAAUAAAUAGAACUUUUGUUUUAGACCAACAAUAGACUGCAACUAACCAAGCAACUGGGUAGGGAUCUUAUAAAGAAAACUUUCCACAAUUACUAAAUCGUAAAAACCUUGUGACUACUAGGGUCACUACAAUAUAUGAUGAAUAAAAAUGAAAUAAUGAUAAAGCAAAAAAAGUAUAGGACAUACAGUAAAGAAAGUAUUAAUCCCUUGGCAUGGUAGUUGAAAAGAAUAUACAUGAAAGAAAUAUAUUGGGUUAUCUACAUAGCAAAUGAGAUGCAAUAAGAAUAGGUAUGAAGCAAGAUUGAUAAGGUGGUUAUAUAUUUAUUAAAGAAAACAAUAGUUGUAGCACCCCUAUUUAUGUUUCUCAUUUGGAGAGUUCUGAACAAAUAAAGUUAAGGGAGGUAAGAUAGCCUUAUAUAUUUUGGAAUUUGUAGCUGCUGUUGAUAGACUUAAUAUGUGUAAAUAUGCUACCAGUGAAAACAAAUUGAAUAUGGAUCAAUAAAGGUAAAUAGAUUCAUGGGGAGGGGGUGUUCCCCCAGUUAGCAUGGAAAUUUGCAAGAACAUUCGAGCGCUAGCGAUAUGGUGGUACUAUUUUUCCAACUGAAGGAAAGCAAAUUCCAAAGAUCAAAAUUUUCUGUCUUCCAUCAAACCAAGCACAAACAUAAGCGAAAUACAUCUACUUUGGCAAUCAGCAUUAAUGAUAUACAAUAUAAGCGAUAUACAACUUAAGCAAUAGUGCUCAUACAAGCCAAAGAUUAGAGAACAGCAGUAGGCAAGACAAUUUUGAUGAGUCUCUAAGCAAACUACUGUACUGAAUAUUGUUCUGUACCUGUCAAAAAAUUCUGGAAUAUUGUAAUUAGAGCUAGAUGGGAAUUUUCUGACAUUUUCUGAAUUUUCAUUAAAAAAUGCAAAUUAAUCAAAACAGAAAAUCUUCUUGGGAAAAGAUUGCUUUCAACGUAUCUCUUGGUUUGAAAAAAUUUUGUGAAAAAAAAGUUUUGUAAUUGUCAAAAUUAAAUGAAAUGUUUAAAUUUGGGGUUCAAAAUGACUUUUUGUUUAGAAAUAGUGGUUAAUUUAUACUUUAAAAACAUUGUCAAAAUUGAAAUUAAAUGUUUUAAACUUAUAUAAAUGAAACCUUUGAAUUGGUGCCAUCUGAAUUUUUUUUUCUAAUUCUUAGUUCCUUAAAUUUUUUGAGAUUUUUGACAUUUUGUCCCAAUUCGGGGAGAAUUUUUUUUUCCAAAAUCUCAGAAUUUCUCACGAUGGAAAACCAGUUCAGUUUUCCACCCAGCUCUAAUUGUAAUUAUUUUUUUUCCCCUGAAGAGGGCGAUUAUGUUUCAAACUUCCACCCUUUUAUUACUAGCGGGAUUACUACUAGAUUAAAUAGAAAAGAACAUCUAGUUCAUUUGAUCCAUUCCCCUGCUCAAAAUUUAAUGACUUUUGUAAGCCUUAGUCUAAAUGAAUGGACAUGACCAGCUAAACUGCAUGAUGGUACACCGCUGGCCAAUAUCCACAAGUGGCCAGAGACCUUUAAUACUGGUGCCAGUAUUAUGAAGUUAUUCUAGCAAAAAAGUGGCAUUGGUGAUUAAUAGAUAUUAUAUUGAGGCUUGGCAGAAUUCAAUUUUUAUUAUUUUGAAGAAUAAUAUUGCUGUUAAUUUUAAGUAUUAUUUAAAUUUUUAUCAUUGCAGGAAAUUGGUGGGGGCACAGAGGAAUCAGACAAUUAUUUAAAUGAGAGUAAACAUAUUUCAAACAGGUAAAGCUUUAUAACUGUUAAAAUACAAAUUGUCAACAUCCGAUGUUGAAGUAUACAAAGUAAACAUCCUUAAACUCUAAUAAGUUCUCAAGCAGCAUUUUUUCUUACUUUGCCUGUGUGUGUAAAUUUCUAUUAUUAUUGAUGAAAAUAUUUUUGACGGUUGUUGUGUGUACGGUGAAAUCAACAGUUACUCACAUUUACUGAUUAAAAAUUUAAUCCUUUCAAGCCCACUUAUAUCUAUAUGUAAAUUAUAUAAUUAUGCACUAUUUAGGUACUCUAGAUUUAACAUUUAGAGAUCAGCCUGAAUCAAAAUCUGGAAUGUGAAUACCCCUGAAGUUUCUGUCUAAUAACACAAUGGCACAGCAUAAAGUGCUAUGUCAGGGAAGUUGAAGGCACUUCAGAUGUAUUUUGAGGACAGAUUUUUAACCUGAGCUUUCUGAUCUGGGGAGGAAUAGAAAAGACAGAAAGGAGGAGGAAAGGAAGAGGUAGAAAGGAAAGAAAGUCAACAGUUUUUUUUUUUUUACUCCCUUGCUAUUCCCUGGCCUUUGGAGGUUUGUAAAGAAGACCAGUCUGAAAGGGUCCUAUUUUUCAACAUUAUCAAGGAUAAACAUAUGGGACCUACUGCACAUUAGCUUGCUAGGAAAGGUUACGAAUAAAUUAUAAUGCCACUAUAACUGUGUAACACUAUUUUAUCCAUUAGAUUUUGAGAGUGAGGGGAAUACUUAUAUUGCUGUUACCUCUUACUGCUUUCAAAAUGAAAUAGGUUAUUUUGCAUAUUAGAAAUAUUUUAACAAUAUACAUUAUAUUAUCUUUAUGACUUUUCUUUUGAUCUGUCCACGAGUGACUUAUGGAAGUCUGUCUUUUAUAUUGUGUGCCUUAUUGUGAAAAUCCACAUUUAUAAGUUUAAUGAUCUAAGAAUAUAUUUAGAGUGAAAUUGGAAGAGGUUUGUGUGGAGAAAAAUACUGAUAGAAUGAGCCUGUGAUCCAGUGCAUAUGGAAAUUUAAACAAACUGGAAUUGCUGAAAUACUCAGAUAGCAGAAGGAGAGAUAACUAACCACUGUACAUUUGAGUCAUCUACCAGGUGAUGAGUAAAAAUGUGUAAAAUAAAAAAGUGCAGUUGUUUACAUAUCAUAUUUGAAAUGGACACCUUGUCAAGCAUGGAGUGUUUCAUAGAAUGUUAUUUCAGGAAAAUUCCCCUUGGGAAUUUCAUAAAACACAGGCUUGUUUUCUUUCUGAUUUGUACCACAGAGAACCCCAAGUGUAAGAUUGUACUGUAAAUCAGACAUUUGGAGUCUAUUCUUUCAUCCAAGUGCAUGGGAUUUACACAUGCAACCAUUGUUAUAAAUGGAAAUUUCCCUUUUGCUUUAUUAUUGUUCCGCAUGAUUUUAAACAACAUGAAACACUGAAAGCUAAAUAUCCCCCAAUCCAAACUUAAUAAAGACAAGUGCUGAAAUAUAUAAGCAUUGUAACAGAAGGAAAAAUACUUUGUAUAUACAGGAAAAAACUUCAACAUAACUUAUGAACCAAAAUAUUAAUAAAUAUUAAACCUAUUUUGUAAGUCUUAUCAGUAGUUACAGGGGCUUAGAUAACCCUGGAGACAUCCUCUUGGAAUCUUCAGACACUCUGAGAAUUUUUUUCAGUGCUCUCUCUUUAACCUUUCAAGUAGUCCUGGGAGGGACGAAGUUUAGCUUAGGAAUCUAAUCUUUCUAAACUAUUGAGGAUGUCUCAGCCUUUUCAGUACUAAUACCCACUGGAUCAGAGGACCAGGUAACCUCUUCAGCCUUAUCUACACUAGCAUUUUUGGUGAAUCCAGCUAACAUUGCAUUAGCACCACGCCUUGAGCAUCUUUUUAUAACAAUGUCAUCUAGACCUUCUCUGAAGAGGAUUGGAUGGCAUGGUGGUGAAAAUGCCUGAGCCUUCUCCACACAAAUGCUCUGACCAUUGCCACCUCUCUUGAAGCUUUCAGAGUAGCAUCCGAUGAAGUGAGCUGUAGCUCACGAAAGCUUAUGCUCUAAUAAAUUCGUUAGUCGCUAAGGUGCCACAAGUACUCCUUUUCUUUUUUCUCUUGAAGCUGUAACUGAUGCAGUGCAAGUGGGAGCUUUCCUCCAAAAUACUAAAGAUAGACAUACUUUUAGCAUGGCUAUCAACUCCCCCUCCACACCGCAUGUCACAGCAGCCAAAGAGUAUCUCAGAACAAUGUCAGCUCCAAGCUGAAUGUAAAGCCAUUAGCCUCCAAAUAAAAGAUGCUUUUAUAGAAUAGAAAUCUAUAGAUUUUCCUGGAGCUGCUGUCAUCCAAGAAGGAUGUUGAUAAAUUGGAGAGGGUUUGGAGAAGAGCCAUGAGAAUGAUUAAAGGAUUGGAUAAUAUACCUUAUAGUGAGAGAAUCAAAGAGCUCAGUCUGUUAGCUCAACAAAGAGAAGGUUAAGGGGUGCCUUGAUUACAGUCUAGAAGUAUCUACUUAAGGAAUUAAUGUUUAAUAAUGGGCUUGUCAGUCCAGCAGAGAAAGCUUUAACAUGAUUCAAUGGCUGAAAGUUGAAGCUAGACAAAUUCAGACUGGCAAUAAGGUGUAAAUUUUUAACAGUGGGGGGUAAUUAUUGGAGCAAUUUAUCAAGGGUUGUGAUGGAUUCUUCAUCACUGACCAUUUUUAAAUCAAUAUCAGCUGUUUCUCUAAAAGAUUUGCUGUAGUUAUUAUUUUGGGGACAUUCUGUAACCUGUGUUAUACCGGAGGUUAGACUGUGAUCACAAUGGUCCCUUCUGGCCUUGGAAUCUAUUAACCUAAAUUCAGCAGUACCUCAGUGGAAUGCUGUUCCAUCAAACCAGUGCUUAUUGUAGCAGCAGAUUAUCAAUUCUUGAGCUCUCUUGCUUUCAAAAAUCAGGAGAUUUUCUUUAUCUAAUGUAAUUUGUAGCUGUGCAGGCUAGGAUAGUGGUACCAAAGUAAUCAAAUCUCAUGAUUUUUGGUGCUAUCUGUAAAGAUUGAAAGAAAUGAUUUUUUUUCCUUAUGCCAUAACAUUUCAGCUAGCCAAGUCAAUUGAUUGGUUUGGGUAUUUUUUUGUUUUUCUUCUAUUAAAACAUUAAUAUUGGCCACUGCUGGAGGAAGAAUAUGUGAUUAGAUAGACAACUGCUUUUAUCAAGAAUGCUAACACCGACAGUACGCUUAUUUACUACAAUCUUUCUCCAUAAUUGAUGUUUGUCGUCUUAUAGUCAAGCAUUUAAAAAUUGCCUCUAAGCAGGUUGUGAAUAGCUACUGUCCAUCUAAUUGAUUUCCAAUUGAAACAUGAGGGGCACCAUUCUGUUGCCCAUGUGAUUCAUAUAGCACUUCUUGUCCUGGUUUUCCAGUAAACUCAUGGCAACUUCUUUUUCUGUCUAAAUGUUUUCCAUACCUGAUGAAUGCCAAGCACAGUGGAAGAUUGCAGUUGCCUGUUGGCUCAGUAAGUAAUGCCAUUCCAUUUUGAUUAGACCUGCGUUUUGCUUCAUCAGUUAGGCCAAUAUUUUCAAAAAUGGGUGCCUAAAGUUAGGGGAUUUUCAAUAGUGCCCAAAGUAAGUCACUUAGGUGCUUUUGAAAAUCCCAUCUUUGCAUCUGUAUGUAGGCACCUAUCAAAGCUGAACAUUGUAGAAAAGCAUGCCAUUUAGUUAGGAACCUGACAAAGAAUAUGUUUUUUUAAAUUCAAGGCUCUGGAUGGGUAUAGUCCAGUUUUGUUGUGGACCUCACUUUAUUUUCUGAGGAAUUUGUAAGUGCCUAUUAAUGGGCUUUGGGUUGGUAGUCUUCUGGCUUCUCUUAGUUAUCUUUGUUUUGGAGAAAAUUCUGUUUGCCUAUAAUUAGGAAGCAAAUAAAAAGAAUGAGGUGACUUGAUUACAGUGCAUUAGUUUUAAAAAGAGAAAAUACCAGAAAUUCAAGGGCUCUUUGGUCUAGCAAAGAAAGACAGAACAAGAACCAAUGGCUGGAAGUUAAAUUCAAAUUAGAAACAAGCCUCAAGUUACUAACAAUGAGAGAAGUUAUUCACUGGAACAACCUACCAAGAGAAGUGAUGGUUUCUCCAUCUCUUGAUGACUUCAGAUAAACACUGGAUGCUUUUCUGGAAGGAGUGCUUUAAUCAAACGCUAGUUUUUGGGCUCAAUACAGGAGUAAAUGGAUGAAAUGCUAUGCCCUGUGUUAUACAGGAGGUUAAACUAGAUGAUCUAUUGGUCCCUUCUGACUUUAAAAUCUUUGAAACCAUUAAUGAUAUUCUUAAUCAGUAAUUUUAGUCUCUUACAUAAAACUCAGUAAGUCAAUUAUUUUUCCCUCUUCAGCACAUCUAUAGUGAAAGAUUAGUGUUCAAACUAAAUGAAUAUUUGUCCUGAACACUCUGUUUUUUUGCAAAAAGAAAAGGAGUACUUGUGGCACCUUAGAGACUAACAAAUUUAUUUGAGCAUAAGCUUUCAUGAGCUACAGCUCACUGCUACUCUGAACUCUAUUUUUAAGCUAUUUCCACACUAUGAGCUAGGAUUGUGAUUCCCCGCUCGCAUAGACAUAAUUUGUCAUCUGAGGUAGUAGAUAAAAAUAGUAGUGUAACUACGGUAGCAUGGGUAGUGACAGCCACAGCCCAAGCUAGUUGCCUCAAAUACAUACCUAAGGGGUUCAGGUGGGUUUGUACCCAAGACAGCUAGCCAGUGCCACUGCUGCCCGUGUUACUGUGGUCACACUACUAUUUUUAGCCUGUUAGCUCAGAUGAGAGCUAGUACGAGGAUAUCUGCGUGAGUUGCAAAUCACACCCCAUAGCUUGUAGUGUAGACAUAACUUUAAUUUUAAAAAUCAUUAAUAAUAGUGAUAGUGUUUCAUAGAACAACAUAAUGCAAUAAAUUAGUCUAAAACAUUAACUAUAAUGGCAUUUGUAUUAUUUUAAAUGUCUCAAUAGAUUGUUUUAUUUACCUACAAUAUAGAUGCACAGUUUUGACUUCAGCUUUACAAAUGCCUCCAUCAAAUUUUUUCAUUGUAUAAUAAAAUUUGAAUUGUAAACUUAUUUAAUCAUUUAAAGGAUCUAAUUUGAUAGCAGAUCAAAACAAUAAGACAAAAUUAAUCGAGCUGGUCAAAAAAUCAAACCCUAUUUUCGCAAUAAGAAUUUAAAAUUUCAUAGAAAUAUAGGGCGGAAAGUGACCUCAAGAGGUCAUCUAGUCCAUCCCACCAUACAGAGGCAGGAUUAAGUAUACCUAGACCAUCCCUGAGAGGUGUUUGUCUAACCCGUUCUUAAAAGCCUCCAGUAAAGUGGAUUCUGAGAUAUUUCUGAUUACAUCCUUUUUGUGCCUCUAUCACCUCAAAUGUAUCAUCAAAAAUCUAAUAUAUGGUAGAAUGAAGCCAUUUUAGAGGACUUGAUCCUGUAAGCACUUAUGCAUGUGAGUAGCUUUAUUAGUGUAAGUAAACCUGUGACCCCAGAUCAUUGCCUCCUUCAGGAAAAUCACAGGAAGGAGUUGUGGGGGAGGAUAUCUCUGUGCCAAUCCACUCAUGGGAGUAGUAUUUGAGUGUUCUGACUUACGUUUCAUAUAUAUUUUCCAUAUCUAUCCAGGGUUCAAGUGGAGAGAGACUGUAGCAUACCUGAAAAACAAAAAGCUGGAAUAAUAUCAUUGCUGUCAAAACAAUAUAAAGCUCACUGCUUUUCCUGAGCAUCAUCACUGCAGAAAGUCCAGAAGAGACUGUCUACUACAGUACUGCUAGUUUUGGGGGUUUUUUUAAUUAUGAGAUUUUCUUGUGUUAAACAGAUAUGCAAACUAUAGCCUGGUGACUACUAGACUGUCCUCUAAAGAGGCCUAAUUAUCAGACCCAGACAUUUUGCUCAUAAGAAGCAGAUUGGGUACACACUUAAGGGGACACACAACCAGGGGCAGACACUGGUGCCCCAACGAGACAGUAUCAUCCUCAAACAGGGUGAGAAGUGGGGGAAGCUGGAGGCAGGGGAUUUAAAAGGCUGUAGUAUUGUAGAUUCAGAGAAGUGAUGCCAACUGAAGUACAUUCUUGCCUUAAUGCACUGGUUUUCAAUUACACUGAUCUGUGUGGAAUGAGGAGACUCUGAGCUCAUGCUCAGAGAUGGAGUGAGUAGUGGAUGUUUUACAGAGACAUGCUAAAUGAUAAGUAAUUCGUUUUUCUGUAGAUGACAGAUGAGCCUCCAGGAAACUUGUAUCUGUGACUAUCCAUCCACCCUGGUGCCAGUGGGAUGCCUCUUUCAAAUGCAAAUAGCAAACAUUCCAGAAGAGUAAAUUUAGCUUGAUUGAAAGUGUUUGCCAAGUAUUUGGGGGCUACCAUUUGUAUAUCUGUUUAAUGCCAGGAUAUUUCAUAUCCCCUGAGUGCCAUAGCUAUGCUGACCUAACCCCUAGUGUAGAUGCAGCUAGGUCAAUGGAAGAGGGCUUCUGUCAACCUAGCUAAUGUUGUUUGAAGAAUGGUGUUCCAGCAGGAAAUGGAAAAAUCCCUUCUGUUGCUAUAGAUUGUGUCUAUGCUACAUGAUUAUGCCUGCAUAGCUACAGCACCAUAGCUAGUAGUGUCCUCGUAGUAUAGAAAUGACCUAAAUCUCUUAGGGCACUUCUGAUAUUUUUAAGUUGUGUUUUUGUUUGGGGGAUGUGUUUGGUAUAGAACUAUUCUCAGAUAUUUCUUUCCAAACUAUAAACCUAAUAGCUAGCCAUAGUCAUAUGUUAUAAGAAGCAAAAAUAGAGAAGGAUUAAUUUUGGGAGACGUGGAGGUUGACUGACAGACAUCAGGAUUUAGCAGGCAUAUGGUGUGAUUCUCAACAUUUUAUUUACUUCUUUUGAAAAGCAGCUUUCAAAAAUCUUUCAAACCAGUACUAGUUCAAAGAGACUUCACUUAAAAUUUGCACCUGCUGAGCAUGAUUGCUAUUGUUUCCCUUCCCAUCUCCCACUCCAUAUCCCCUGCUACACGCUCAAAAAAAUAUCUAAAUACAGACCUCUUGGGCUGUUAGGAAUUUGCUGUUAGAAAUUCACUCUUAGGCAGAUAUUCUGUGGUGCACUUGUGUUAAUUUUCCUUUUAGAAUGUAGCAGAAUGGCACAUACUAUAGCAGUAUCAUUGUAUUAUGGGAGUGCAUCUAAUAAGUUCCACAGACACAGAGGUUAUUUUCUUUACCUAUGUCAAUAUCAGAUUUGUUUUAAUAAAACAACCGCUUUGCCUAGAUGCUAUCGCAUAUGACAGCAUUAGAUGUGUUUGCUGUUUCCACCCUUAGUCCCAUAACAUUUGCAGCAAAAAUCCUGGAACACUUACAUUGUGGAGUACUUUUUCUUUUAAGACACAAACACUAAAACAUUAUAUAUAUUCAAGAAAAAUAAGCUAAUGGAAUUCAGGUACUCUUUUUCUUUACAAUGUGACCACAUGUAUCUUUAUCAUAUAUCGGAACUUUUAAUUUUGUCAAAAUACCAACAUAUACAAAUGAGUUGAAUUUGUAAAAAGAGAAAAAAAAAGUUGCAACAAAAUGAAGUAUUUAUUUUUAAAGAAAGUGUUAAACAACCAUUGUUUGUAAAUAAUAAAAGAAUAUAUUUUCCUCCUCACUAUUACUCUUCACCAUAUCAAUUGUAUUUUUGUAUGUAAAAUAUAUUGUUUAGAUAUUAUAGAUUUCUCUAUUCAAAGAAUUCUGUUGAGAUAGUAUGUUUUACUAAUCCUUAUACAGUUAAUAAUCUAGAUCCCAGUGAAUUUAUUUAAAAAGAUAGAAUCUAUUUUUUGAGUCUGCAAAAGACUAAAAUAUGUAGCUUACAGAUGUCUAUUUGCUGAAGGUAUUUUAAUAAACAUUGGUUUUAUUUGUGUC